CUGACGCACGUUCCGGGCUUCUUAAGCGGCCGGGGCGGCGGCCUUGGGAGGCCACGGCGACGGCGGCGGCGGCUGCGCCCGAGCCGGUCGCGGGAGGCGGCCGAGAGCGCCGCGAGGGGUGGCGGGACAGCCGCCGGCUCCCGGCCCCGACACCGUGUCCCUCACUGACUGCCCCUCACGCCACCACUCCCCCGUCCACCGCCACCACCGCCACCACCACGGCCGCGCCUCCGCCCGCUCCAUGCGGGACUGGGGCUUCGGGGUGCUGCCGCCCGCCCCGCUGCGCCGCCCCGGGGCCCUGCUCGGCGGCAGGUCGGCCCCCGCCACGCCCUUCGGGCCGCUCCCGCCGCCGCCUGUCACCGGCGCGGCCCAGGCCGCCUCCCCCGCGGCGCUGCCCCGCUCGGCCGCUUCCUCUUCCUCCCCGGGCCCGGCGCCUCCGCCUCCGCCUCCUUCUCCGCCGCCCGGGCCGCGGGCUGAGCGGCCGGCGGGGCUGAGCCCGGGGGCGGCGGGCGGCGGCGGCGGCGGCACGGACGCGGGUGUGACCCACCUCCUCCCCUCCCAGGACUCGAAACCGAGUCUGCAGCCGCCGCCGCCGCCGCAGCAGCAGCAGCAGCACCCCGCCUCCUCCUCCUCCGCCUCCUCCUGCCGCUGCUGCCGCCGCGCCGCCUCCCCGCAGGACUUCAGUCGGCGGCAGCCGCAGCAGCCGAGCGGCCACAAGAGGAAGGAGCCCAGCCCGGCCCGGCGCGCCCAGCCUCCGGCCGCCCCGCCGCCCCGCUUCAGCCAGCAGCCACCGCCGCCGCCGCCGCUCCCGCUCCCGCUCGGCCUCCCGCACCCGCGGCCGCGCCCGGCCGACCUGCCCCCACGCCCGCAGCUCCCGGCUGCCGCCGUCCCGCGGCGCCGCCACGCAGAAGGCGCCGGCGAGGGCAGCGCCGCCGAGCCCCCCGAUGCGGGUGCGGGCUGGGCCGCCCCGACGCCGCCGCCGGUGAAGCCCGCGCCGCCGGGCGCCUCCAUGGAGUCCCCCAACCACCCCCUGCUCGGCAGCCCCGGCGGCCUCCUGCCCGGCGGCGGGGCGCUGGGCGCAGGCGCCUUUGGCAGCCUGCAGAGCCCGGACCUGCCGCUCCCGGGCGGCGGCGGCGGCGGUGGCAGCGGCGGUGCGGGCGGCGGCGGCGGAGGCGCGGGCGGGGCCCCCCCCGGGGGCGCGGGCGGAGGCGGCCCCGCAUCCCCGCCGCCGCUGCCCGGCUUCGGCACCCCCUGGUCGGUGCCCGCCGCGUCCCCGCCGCCCCCGCCGCCGCAGCCCCAGCAGCCGCCGCCCCCGCCGUCGUCGCAGCCGCCGCCCCCGCCGCCCCCGCCGCCCCCGCCGCAGCCCCAGCCGCCCGGCUCGUCGACCGCGCCCCCGCUCAGCGCCAUGCCGCCGCCGCCCAGCCCCGACGCGGAGAACGGCUUCUACGCGGGGCUGCCGUCGUCCAUGAACCCGGCCUUCUUCCCCGGCUUCUCGGCCGUGUCGGCGGCGGCGGCGGCGCACGGCUGCGCGGGGCUCGGCGUCCCCGCCGGCGGCGGCGGCGGCGGCGGCGGCGGGGGCGGCGGCGGGGCCGGGGGCUUCGGCGGCCCCUUCUCUCCGGCCGCCGCCGCAGGCCCCCCGCCGCCCGCCAUGAGCUUACCGCAGCCGCCGCCGCCCGCUCAGCCGCCGCCCAGCCGCCGCUCGCCCGUCAGCCCGCAGCUCCCGCAGCAGCACCAGGCCGCCGCCUUCCUGCAGCAGCGGAACUCCUACAACCACCACCAGCCUCUCCUGAAACAAUCUCCUUGGAGCAGCCAUCAGAGCAGUGGCUGGGGCACUGGAAGUGUGUCUUGGGGAGCAAUGCAUGGCCGAGACCAUCGCAGAACUGGAAACAUGGGGAUUCCAGGAACUAUGAGUCAGAUAUCUCCACUGAAGAAACCUUUUUCGGGUAAUGUCAUAGCACCGCCGAAAUUCACUCGCUCUACUCCAUCACUGACUCCAAAAUCUUGGAUUGAAGAUAAUGUGUUCAGAACAGACAACAAUAGUAAUACACUCUUACCCUUACAGGUGAGAUCUAGUUUGCAGUUGCCAGCUUGGGGCUCAGAUUCACUCCAAGAUAGUUGGUGCACUGCAGCCGGAACAUCCAGAAUAGACCAGGAUCGAAGUAGAAUGUAUGACAGUUUGAAUAUGCACUCUUUGGAAAACUCCCUAAUUGACAUUAUGAGAGCAGAGCAUGAUCCUCUCAAGGGUCGGUUGAGCUACCCGCAUCCAGGAACUGACAGUCUGUUGAUGUUAAAUGCAAGGAGUUAUGGGCGAAGACGAGGCCGUUCCUCCCUCUUUCCCAUAGAUGAUGCCCUGCUAGAUGAUGGUCAUAACGAUCAAGUCGGUGUUUUAAAUUCACCUACAUGCUAUUCAGCGCACCAAAAUGGAGAGAGAAUAGAACGUUUCUCUCGAAAAGUUUUUGUUGGUGGUCUUCCUCCAGAUAUUGAUGAAGAUGAAAUAACCGCCAGCUUUAGAAGAUUUGGACCUUUGGUAGUAGAUUGGCCUCAUAAAGCAGAAAGCAAAUCCUAUUUUCCACCAAAAGGCUACGCGUUCCUUCUCUUUCAAGAAGAAAGCUCAGUUCAGGCACUGAUUGAUGCUUGUAUUGAAGAAGAUGGAAAACUGUAUCUGUGUGUCUCCAGCCCGACCAUCAAGGACAAACCAGUUCAGAUCCGGCCUUGGAAUUUAAGUGACAGUGACUUUGUGAUGGAUGGCUCUCAGCCCCUGGAUCCCCGAAAAACGAUUUUUGUUGGAGGAGUUCCAAGGCCAUUACGGGCAGUGGAACUUGCUAUGAUCAUGGACCGACUGUACGGAGGAGUUUGUUACGCAGGAAUCGAUACGGAUCCUGAGCUCAAGUACCCGAAAGGUGCCGGUCGAGUCGCCUUCUCCAACCAGCAGAGCUACAUAGCCGCCAUCAGCGCUCGCUUCGUUCAGCUGCAGCACGGGGAUAUCGAUAAGCGCGUGGAGGUAAAGCCGUACGUGCUAGAUGACCAGAUGUGUGAUGAAUGCCAGGGCUCACGCUGUGGUGGGAAAUUUGCUCCCUUUUUUUGUGCCAAUGUCACUUGCCUGCAGUAUUACUGUGAGUUUUGCUGGGCAAAUAUCCACUCUCGGGCAGGACGUGAGUUCCAUAAGCCAUUGGUAAAGGAAGGCGCCGAUCGCCCACGUCAGAUCCACUUCCGCUGGAACUAAAAAGAGCAGCCAGCCUCUGUUGAGCAAGGAAAGUAAGGGUGCAUGUGGCUUACUGUGUCUGAAGAUACUGACGUGCAGAAGAAAUAAGUGCAUAAUUCUGCUCCCACCCCAGCUGUCAAUACAUGCAUCUUUAUCAGCAGCCAAAACACUACAGGCCUCUUGUUUUUCACCAAAACCCUACCUACAUCUCAGGCUUACUAAUUUUUGUGAUAUUUUUCAUGUUAAAAUAAAAUGUUUUUUUGUAUUUCCUCCAAGUUAUUUUUGUAUGUAAAGUUAAAAUUAGAUAUGAGAAUGUUUUGCGUAGGGGCAAAAAGUCUGCUGCUAUAGAGUGGGGGAAGCGUGCACUUAUUUCUAAACGUGGGUUUUUAACUUCAAGAUCUGCCCCAGUAACUUACCAAAGGUAGCAAAAAUAAUAGUGAAGAUGGAAUAUUGUCUGCUACAAAUGCUUAUUUUUAUUGUUGCUAUUUUCAGUGUAUACAUAAACUAAAAAUUAGGGUUGAUUUUUUUUUUUUUUGCUCUCCAUUUUGACUUGCAAGAAAUAAUACCUCAAGAUAAUCUGAUUUAUUAGCUAUUUUUAAACAUUUUUAAUCACAAGCUGUAUUAGCUUUGCUGCUAUAUAGGUGUUUAUGUGUAAAUGCCACCUAUUAAUACGGGAUUGAAAACGUUAAGAGACACACUGCAUUGCAGAUAAAAUGCAGGCAGCACAAUAUGGCCUGAACUGCCAUAGUUUUAAAAUGUGAAAAAAAAAAAUGCAUGUUUACUUACUGUAUACACCAUAUGCAUGCACUAGAACUACUAACUAGCAAGAGGUGAGGUAUUGCAAAUGUCCAGAAAAGCUCUCUUGAAUCCUAGGUAGCAUGAACAAAUUAUAACACUUUGUUUAAAAAAAAAAAAAAAAAACUUGCAUGCGUUAUUGUGACUUCAAGUUAAGAAACUGUCCUACGUGUGUACAAUAUGCAAAUUAGUCUUAGCUUAGAGAGUGCAGCCAUUUUGUGAUCUGGUCAGUAGUGGAAUCCGAUUUUAUGCAGACUGGAUGUACUAUCUGUGAUCCCUGUGCAAUUCUAUGAUGUGCGGUUCUAAUUCAUGUGCAGUGAUAGAGUGUAGAUAAAAGAUUGACUACAAGGAAGCUUGAAAAGAAAGUUGCUUUUAGCCCCUUCGAUAGUUCAUGGUUAAGACAUCCUUUAUAAACCAAAGAUGGCCAGCACAUUGCUAACAAGUCACCAAACGAAAGAUCCACAAGAUGCCCCUAUCUGAUGGAAAUGGACUUUGGCGAGGAGUGCAAACCGUCCGUGAACCCAAGUGAAGUCAAAAUGGAGAUGGGGAGAUGUACAGAUGGCUAGUUGCAUACAAUUCAAUUUUACCUUAGAGACAAUGGUGAAAUCUGGCUUAACUUGCUUACAUGUUCAACCUAUGUAUAUUGGGGGUCUUCUGUCUAAACUGGGGUCACUGUUGCAUGAAACAUUGUUGUUCUUAACGGUUAAGAAUUGCUUUAAAAAAAUUUCUUUUUUUACAUUUUGAUGAAGGAAUUUUGGAAACGACUUUGCUUGCAGUUUUUUUUUUUUUCUUCUUCUUCUUCUUACAAGAAAGUGGCGUGGAAACAUGCAAUAGUUAAUGAGUUUCUCUUGGUACUGAACACUAUUAGAAUAUCAUUGUGAUUUUUUUUUUCUCUUUAGAGCAUCUUUAAUGCAACUAACUAGCCCCUAUAUUUUAACGUAAGAGUUACUCUACAAUCUAAGCAAAGCACCCAACAAUAGUGAAUGGUUUUUAAAAUUGCGGA